AUGCGUGGGCACUUCUGGGCCGUCCCGGCCGUACUGACCGCCGUCAUUGACUCGGCCGUUUCUAAGCCAGUCAUCACCACAACGGCCAGUCCAAGUGUCCCUACCAGUGAGCCGUGUGCCAUUGUGAGCAGCUCAUGGGCUUCCCAGAAAGCUGCCAACCCAUCAGCAGCUCUUGCAUACGAGUGUCUUAACUCAAUCCCUCUAGGGAAAGAUGCCGCCAUCGAGCUUGUGGAUGCGAUCAGGCCCUACAUCGACUGGCAAAGUGACUCGGCCUACAAGGCCAAGCCGCCCAAGGAGUACCCCUACCCGGCUUACGACGUCUUUGGCGCUCUUGACAACGUCAAGGCCAAGCUGCAGGCGGACAAGUACGCCAACGAGUACCAGUUUCAACAGGAGCUGUACACCACCGUCUUCGGUCCCGGCCAUGAUGGCCACUUUGUCUUCUACCCGGACGCCCUGACCAGGGUCUUCGAGUGGCGCCGCCAGCGCUCCCUGGUGUCCAUCAGCGAGGACGGCAAGUCCCUGCCCGUUAUCAAGGUGUACGAGGACGUCCUCGCCAACCCCAAGAACGCUUCCGUGGUCAAGCUGAUCAAUGGCAUCGACGCCGCCACCUAUCUGGCCAAGACCAUUGACGUCGCCGGUAUCAGCCAGGACCCCGACGCCAACUACAAUACCAUGUUCUACCAGAAAGCCACCUUUGCCAGCAGCAAGUCUACCGGCUUUUUCGCCAACGGCGGCCGUAUCCGGUACAUCUACCAGGGCGCCAACACCACCCUGACCUUCGCCAAUGGCACCAGUGUGACUCUCGAGAACCAGGCCGCCGUCAAGGCCGACAUGACGAACGUCACCUCGGGCGCGGCCUAUUACGCCAAGUUCUGCAACCCCCACGGCGCGACCCUCAACAGCUCCGCCGAGUCCCCCGAGGACGCUCCCGCAGAGAACGUCCUCGGCUACCCCAAGCCAGUCAUCAUCACCUCUGACGCCGUCGUAUCCGGCUACUUCCUCGAGGGCGCCGGAUACGAAGACGUAGCCGUCAUCGCCCUGUUCGCCUUCUCCUCCGCCUCCAUCGCCGAGUUCCAAGCCGUCGUGCAGGAUUUCAUCGCCGAAGCCGUCGCAGCCGGCAAAACAAAACUGAUUGUCGACUUCCAGAACAACGGCGGCGGCUACAUCCUCCUCGGUUACGACUUCUUCCGCCAGUUAUUCCCCUCCAUCGUCCAGGACGGGUUUUCGCGGUGGAAGGAAACCGACUCGUACAACGCCAUGGCCCAGAUCGUCAGCGACCGCGUCUCCGGGGUAAACCCGUACACCACCCCCGACUACGAGCUGGUAGAGGACUACGAGUCCUGGUUCAACUACCGCUACGACCUCAACCUGACCAACCAACCCUUCCGCUCCUUUGGCGCCAAGUUCGCCCCCCACGUCUACCAGGGAACCAAGUACACCAACCUGAUGCGCUGGAACCUCAACGACAACCUAACCACCACCAACGAGACCUACGGGAUGGGCAUCGAAAUCACCGGCUACGGCUCUCUCAACCCUAGCGUUGUCCAACAGCCCUUCGACGCAGACAACAUCGUCAUCCUCUACGACGGCGCGUGCGCCUCCACGUGCACCCUGGCCUCGGAAUUCUUGAGGAUCCAAGGCGGCGUCCAAUCCAUCGCCAUGGGCGGCCGUCCCAACCACAACCCCAUCCAAGGCGUCGGCGGCGUCAAAGGUGCCCAAGUCCUGCAGUACCGCAACAUUUACUCAUCCGUCCAGAAAUACCUCCCCUUCGCCAAGACCGAGUCCCAGAAGAAGGCUCUCUCCAAGUUCAGUAUGCUCCCCAUCAACCGCAGCGCCGCAGCCGCCGUCAACGUGCGCGACCAGAUCCUGCGCGAUAACGUCAAUGACGGCACCCCUGCCCAGUUUGUGGUGGAGGAGGCCGACUGCCGCUUGUUCUGGACGCUGGACAUGGUCAAGGAUGUGAGCGCCGUGUGGAAGCGGGCGGCGGAUGUGGCCUUUAACAAGGGCAAGUGUAAUGUGGGUGCGAUCAAGAAGUCGGGUAAGGGUAAGGGUAAGGGACCUAAGCCUGGUCAUGUCGGUACUGCUGCUGCUGCUGCUGCUGGUAGACCCGGUGCGGGUAAAGGCAAUGGGGAUGGGGGUAAGAGACUGUCGGAGAUUGUGAGAGAGGAGGAGGAGGAGAAGAAGGCCAAAUUUGGUAUUUCGAGAUUUGGUGGAGACGGAGGCAAGACGCAGCAGCAGAUUGAGGAUUGGGAGGCGGUUUAUCGGUUGGAGGUCAUUCCUUGAACGGAAUAACAUGUUUUGGAUGAAAGUGUGGGAAAGGAAAGGGUGGUGGUAUUGUACUGAAGGAAGAUGGGAGUACUUGUUUUGUAUAAAGCGAAUUGCGUACAUAACCGAAUGAUACCCAAAGAUGUAAACGAAUAGCGUGUUUGAUGC